CAGACGAUUAUUUAUGCGCAUGACAUUUUAUUUCUUUAUCAAAAUGGCAUUAAACGUACAAGUAAAAGUACAUCCCGUUGUAUUAUUUCAAAUUGUCGACGCUUAUGAAAGGAGAAAUGCCGAUUCUCAUCGAGUUAUCGGCACAUUACUCGGUACUUCCGAUAAAGGAGUAAUAGAAGUAACAAACUGUUUCUGUGUCCCUCAUAAAGAAUACGCUGAUCAAGUAGAGGCCGAAUUAUCCUACGCUAUGGACGUUUACGACUUGAAUCGAAGAGUAAAUUCCACUGAAACAAUCGUCGGAUGGUGGGCUACUGGUCACGAAGUUACAAAUCAUAGUGCUGUUAUCCACGAAUAUUAUUCCCGUGAGUGUAACAAUCCUGUUCAUAUAACAAUCGAUACUAGCCUACAGAACGGUCGUAUGGGAUUAAAAGCUUACGUUUGUGUUCCCCUUGGAGUCCCAAAUGGAAAACAAGGUUGUAUGUUUACAUCAAUACCAAUCGACGUGGUAUGUUACGAUCCCGAGGUUUUCGGACUACAACUUUGUCAAAAAACGAUGUUGGCAGGAUCUACAAGGCCGAGGAACGUUAAUCCCAUGCUGGAUAUUAAUCAAGUAUCAGAAGCUGGUAGUAAAAUGAGCGUGAUGUUGGAUCAAGUACUCCAAUACGUCGAGGAUGUUUUAGCCAAUAAGACAGUUCCUAACAACGCUGUUGGUAGAUCUCUAUUGGAUCUGGUCAAUUCUGUACCUCAUAUGAGCAAUGAACAGUUUUCCGAAAUGUUUAAUAGUAACGUUAAGGAUCUUUUAAUGGUUAUCACUUUAUCUCAACUUAUUAAGACCCAAUUACAGCUGAAUGAAAAAUUAACUUUAUUAACAAACAUAUAAAUAAAGGUUUUUCAUGAUUUGUA